AUGCCGGGCCUAUACCACCGUACGCAGCUCAGCCUGCCCAUCAAGAGGGCAAUAUGCGAGCACCACGUCGCACACCCCCAGCUGCGCCAUGUCGACCUUGCUCGCUGGUGCUUCACUCGGUUCGGAAUUCGUCCCGACCGCAACACCAUUGGUCGCGUACUCAAGGUUGUCGACCGUUGGGUGCGCACCGAUGCCGCCGCUGACAACAUCCGCGUCCGCGGCGGAGCUUACCCGGUGCUCGAGCGCGCCAUGGCCCGGUGGAUCGCCAAUGCGGGACCCGCGGGUGUGCCGCUCACGUUGGCCACUAUCCGCGACCACGUCGCAAACAUGGCCAGCGCUAAUGGUGCCCCGCCCUCCUUUCGCUGCUCCAUCGGCUGGGUCCGUCGCGCUUUGCGCCAUCAAGGAGUCCGUUGCAUGAGCGUGGUCGGCGAAGCCGUGGACCAGGACAUGAAUGCCGUACGUGUCACGAAGGAGAAGUUGCCGCAGCUAUUGAUGCAUCUCGCCGCGACCCCUAGCAACGCGUUCAACUUCGACGAGACCGCCUUGUUCAUCUCUAUCCUGUCGCGAAGGACUUAUGGGAGCGUUCGCACGGCUGGGAGGAAGAUUGCCAAACAGCGCUUGACCGUCGGCUUCCUCGUCAACGCCGACGGGUCACGCCUCUUCAGGCCGUUGAUCAUUUCAAAGGCGAGGCGGCCACACGACUUCCGCCCCAAUUACAGCUCCGAGGAGUACUGCUACUGGCGCCACAACGCGAAGGGGUGGAUGACGAGCACGCUCGAUGCUGCUAUAUACGCGGAGGGCAGGAAGAUCGUGGUGCUGCUCGACAAUGCAAGCAGCCACGCACUCAAGACCGAGGGCGCCAUGACGGAGGACAUGUUCGGGUUCCGCACAGUCGCGCUGGGGGACAUACGCCUCGCCUACCUGCCGCCGAACACGACAUGCUUCACCCAGCCCCUCGACCAGGGCCUCAUCGCCAUGGCAAAGGCACGGUACCGCCAGCACUGGCUCCGCGCCUUCACUCAGGCGUGGUCGGCGGACGGCGCCACGUCUGCUGCUGCUUGCUUCAGGCCGAAUAUGCGAGCGGUGGUGGAGUGGCUUAACGACGCCUGGAUGAACAUCCCGACCCCUCGUCGCCGCGGUAGGGUGCUUCCGGCGUCGAUGCACGUGCCCACCCCCGACUGGGUGGCGCAGACGGCCCGCCGCCAGGAGCUCAUUGAGGCCGGUGCACCCGCCGUCAUGAGCGGGUACCUGGCUGCCGCAGAGUGGAUGCGGCUGUGA